UCUCACCUCACUCAACACAAAUUAUUUUCCUUCUCAACACCAUACCAUUCCCUCUAUGCAUUGUCUUGCUCCAGCAUUUUGUUGUGGAUGUUUUUCCCUUUUGUCACCACAACCAGAAUGACAAGGUUUUUUUCUCCCAAGUGUAAUUCGAAACGAGCUGAUUGAAGCUAUACAGUGCUAAGCAUUUUGGUUUUUGGGUUUUCUUGGGGGGGGGGUGGGGGAGACGCAUGGCGCAAGCUUUCUCCGUGCCGAGCGUUCCUUAUUCGUGCUCCCAAUGCCCAAUUCAUUACAUUUCCAAUUUACAGAAGGAAGGUCACAUGGUCCCCGUGUUGACGUUGGCCAGAGCUGCAAGCUCGAGAAUCGGGGUCUCUAGGGUUUCGAUUGGGUCGCAUUUGAAGAGGUCCGAUACUCCCACCCACCAGCGGAGGCUCAACGCCGUUGACACCCACAUUGUCGAGAAUGCACCCACUCGCACCACAGUUGAAAUCCCCGUUACCUGUUACCAGCUUAUUGGUGUUCAUAAUCAAGCUGAGAAAGAUGAGAUAGUUAAGUCUGUGAUGGAUUUGAAGAGUGCUCAAAUUGAAGAAGGUUACACCAUGGAUGCUGUUGUAUCUCGCCAGGACCUUCUAAUGGAUGUGAGGGAUAAGCUUCUUUUUGAACCAGAAUAUGCUGGUAAUAUGAGGGAAAAAAUCCCACCUAAAUCACCUCUUCGAAUUCCCUGGGCUUGGUUGCCUGCUGCUCUUUGCCUCCUUCAAGAGGUUGGAGAGGUAAAGCUUGUGUUGGAUAUUGGCCGGGCAGCUCUUCAACAUCCAGAUGCUAAGCCAUAUAUUCAUGAUUUGCUUCUUUCUAUGGCACUGGCUGAGUGUGCAAUUGCAAAGACUGGUUUCGAGAAGAACAAGGUGUCCCAAGGAUUUGAAGCACUUGCUCGUGCUCAGUGUCUUCUAAGGAGUAAAAUAUCUCUUGGAAAAAUGACAUUGUUGUCUCAGAUAGAAGAAUCUUUGGAGGAGCUUGCACCGGCAUGCACAUUGGAACUAUUAGGCAUGCCUCAUUCACCUGAAAAUGCUGAAAGGAGACGAGGAGCAAUUGCAGCCUUGCGUGAACUGCUCAGACAGGGCCUUGAGUUGGAAGCUUCAUGCCAAGUCCAAGACUGGCCGUGCUUCCUGAGCCAAGCACUUACAAGGCUGAUGGCUACAGAGAUAGUUGAUCUUCUUCCAUGGGAUAGUUUAGCCCUUACACGCAAGAAUAAGAAAUCACUUGAAUCACAGAAUCAAAGGGUUGUAAUUGAUAUCAAUUGUAUCUACGUGGCGUUAAUAGCUCAUGUAGCACUUGGAUUUUCUAGCAAGCAGACAGAGUUGAUAAAUAAAGCAAAAACUAUCUGCGAAUGUUUGAUAGCAUCAGAAGGAAUUGAUCUCAAACUUGAGGAAGCUUUUUGUUUGUUCCUUCUUGGACAGUGUAAUGAGGCUGAGGUCGUUGACAAGCUUCAACAGCUUGAAUUGAAUUCAAAUCCUGCUGCACGAAAUUCAAUCUCAGGAAAGGAAAUAAAACAUGUUUCUGGUGCAAAACCAUCGUUGGAAAUGUGGCUGAAGGAUGCUGUACUUGGUGUCUUUCCUGAUACACGAGAUUGUUCUCCAUCUUUGGUCAAUUUUUUCAGUGGUGAAAAGAAAUCUCUUGGGAGCAAGAAAGGUAAAGGAGCUCCACAAGUUGUGCGUACUAUAUGCCACAGACCAGUGGCCUCUUUUCCUCUGUCAGAGCGGAAAGAUUUUAAGGAAUCUCUUCCAUAUGCAAGCUCUUCUCAACUUCUUGGGUCUGCUGUUAAGCAGUUGGCUCCGGAUUUGCAAAGUCCAUUGGUAUUGGGCAAAAAUAGCAGCGGAAGCAAUGGUAGUGCAUCAUCUGGUCAAUUGAACAGGAAUCCUGGCAUACACCAUAACAGAGUUUGGGAAAAAUUGUUGGCCCAAGAACUGGUCGGAAGGAUAACUUUUAUUGCUGUACUGGGGUGCAUUAUGUUUGCUACCUUUAAAUUAGCAGGGAUGGGUGUUAAUAAGAUAAAAAGAGUUUCCAAAUGGGACUCCAGUACACAAAAUAUGGAGACAAGUUCGCUUGCCAAGAGAACGGAUUCGUCUGGGGAUAAUGUAGGGCCUGCCUAUCUUAAGGGAAGUGGUGUCACUGGCAGACUCGAGAAGCUUCUGGCAAUGGUUAAGAUCCAGUUCAGGAACCGCUCAGAUGCUGGAAAUCCGCAUGUUUUAUCCCCUGCUGCUAGUCUGUCAUCCUCUAUGACUGCUGUCUACAGGAGGCUAAUGCCUAUGGAAGAAGCUGAAGCCCUUGUUAGGCAAUGGCAAGCAAUUAAAGCUGAGGCUUUGGGGCCUAAUCAUCAAGUUCAUAGCCUCUCUGACGUCCUUGAUGAAUCAAUGCUUGUUCAGUGGCAAGCUCUGGCUGAUGUGGCAAAAGCCAAGUCUUGUUAUUGGAGAUUCGUUAUGCUACAGCUGUCUGUUCUGCGAGCAGACAUUAUGUCAGACAGGAUUGGAGCAGAAAUGGCAGAAAUCGAGGCUCUUUUAGAGGAAGCUGCAGAGCUUGUUGAUGAAUCUCAGCAGAAGAACCCAACUUAUUACAGCACCUAUAAAGUUCGAUAUGUUCUAAGAAGGCAAGAUGAUGGAUCAUGGAGGUUUUGUGAAGGUGAUACUCAAACACAUAAUAAUAUUCAGCCUAAUUCUGGAAACGUGAGCCUUCUAUGAGGAGUGCUGUUCUGCUAACUUGUUUCUUCCCCGUCUUCAAUUUUUAUCUUGCGGAGGAGACCAGUAAAAAUGAACGUGGAUCUUAACUGACGAGGGCAAUGGUAAGCUUUUAAAAAUGGUGAAAUGUAUAUGAUAUGAGCCUGGGUGAUUGUUAGAAUAGGGGCAUUCAAAGGAAAUUGAAGUUGAAUUAUUUGGUUAGUGCUGACCAAGUAGUGUAAAGUGUCAAUGACCUCAUUUAGAAUCUUCAUAAAUUCGUUUCCUAUCAAUAAUGUGAUUGCUAAUUGAGUAAUUCUGGACAAGUGAAAUCAUUUAUAGAAAGGCUCUC